AUGGCUGAGAGAUACAGGGAUAGCCCUGACGCCGAUGUCGAUGACGUGCAUGCUGACAACGACGAUCCCAGAUUGGAGAACAAGGAGCAGCACUUUUGCCACCGAAGUUCCCAUUUGAAGCGGAGAAUCAACAUCAAGCGAAAUCUUAACCGCGACUACGACCCCGACCGCGACCGCGAUGACCAUCGACAAGACACGCGUGCACCGACCAGCGAAGCGAACAUUUUCCUCCCUCCGACCGAAACCCACCGAGACGAAGCUAUCGCCACUCCACGAGCCUACACCGAGUUGCGAAUCACAAUGAAGGUAACACCGUAA